CAGGAAGGUCACACCAUCCCUCACCAUCAUCAGGGUGAAGAACUAAAAGUCAUCAAAGUUGAGGAUAAGGAGGAAGAAGUAGAGAGGUUGGUGAGUGGAGAUCAGCAGUCUAUGGAGGAGGGGGAGAUGAUUACGGAAAGUAAACAGGAGGAAUCUUCUCUACAUAUGGACACAAAUGGACACUGCAGGAAUACCUCAGAGGAACAUUUUAUUAUAUCCUCACACAGUAAUGAAGAUAAUGACUUUGCACAACAUUCUUCAGGAAUAAAUUCUUACCAGUUACUAAGAUCAAUGGAUCACACCAACAAUGACCGAUCUCCUGAUACAUCCCAUACUACGACUUUGGAUGUCCAUCUACGUUCUCACAGUUCAGAUCGAUCAACAAGUUCAUCUAAUCCCAAUGAAUCUUCUUUAGGUCAUAAUGGAGUCCACACAGGAGAGAAUUCAAUGUCGUGUUCGGUGUGUGGAAAAUCUUUCACUGACAGCAAAGCACUGAUUAGACACCAGAAAAAUCACACGGCUGAGCGUCCCUAUUCAUGUGCCGAGUGCGGGAAGUGUUUCCCCCAGAAAGGAUACUUUCUUUUGCACCAGAGAAUUCACACGGGCGAGCGUCCUUAUUCAUGCUCUGAGUGCGGGAAAUGUUUCCCUCGGAAAGGAGUUCUCAUUGAGCACCAAAAAGUUCACACGGGCGAGCGCCCUUUUCCGUGUUUAGAGUGCGGGAAAUGUUUCCUUCAGAAAGGGGACCUCGUUAGACACCAGAGAAUUCACACAGGAGAACGUCCCUUUUCCUGUUCGGAUUGCGGGAAACGUUUUACACAGAAAAUCGUACUCCUUACACACCAGAGAAUUCAUACAGGUGAAUUGCCUUUUUCUUGUUCGGAGUGUGGGAAAUGUUUCUCUAGGAAAGAAUAUCUGGCUGGUCACCAGAGUAUUCACACGGGCGAGCCUCUUUUUUCAUGUUCAGACUGUGGAAAAUGUUUCAGUCAGAAAGGAAAACUUGAUAAGCACCAGAAGACUCACACAGGGGAGCGCCCUUUCUCGUGUUCAGAGUGCGGGAAAUGUUUCAUUCAUAAAGGAGAUCUUGUGGUGCACCAGAGGAGUCACACUGGAGAGCGUCCUUAUUCGUGUUCAGAGUGUGGGAAAAGCUUCCUUCAGAAAGCAGUGCUCGUUGAACACCAGAGAAUUCACACAGGCGAGCGCCCUUUCGCUUGUUUAGAGUGCGGGAAGUGUUUUGCUAGGAAAGCAUGCCUUGUUGCACACCAGAAAAUUCACACGGGUGAGGGUCUUUUUUCCUGUGCGGAGUGCGGAAAAUGUUUUAGGUUUAAAGGAAGUUUAAAUAGACAUCAGAGGACACACACUCGCUGACGGCAUUGAGAGAUAUAUGGGUGCGUUUAGUAGCUUGACUCAUUCAGUACACAGAACAACCGUAUGAUGAAAAAUAGAGAAAUGUAUCUUUGUAAAAGUAAUAUUUCAGUUAGGGCUCAUUUACACUUGCUUUAAAACACUUUUUUGAAAGCCAAUCAAAGCUCCUCUCACUAAAUAAAAUGGUGACCUAACAGUCCUGCUCACACGUUGUGUUUGCUUUGCUUUAAAAAAUAUCCCCCAUGUCGGUUUCUUGGUACUUCAAAGCAUCUUCAAA